AGGGCCCAUCGGUCGGCGCCCCGUAGCGUCCCCACAAUGAAGCCCAACUUCUCGCUGCGACUGAGGAUCUUCAACCUCAACUGCUGGGGCAUUCCCUACUUGAGCAAGCACCGGGCUGGUCGCAUGGAGCGCCUGGGAGACUUACUGAACUUGGAGAGCUUUGACCUGGCUCUGCUGGAGGAGGUGUGGAGUGAGCAGGACUUCCAGUACCUGAGACAGAAGUUGUCUCUCACUUACCCAGCUGCACACUACUUCCGGAGUGGGAUCAUUGGCAGCGGCCUGUGUGUCUUCUCCAAACACCCAAUCCAGGAAAUCACCCAGCAUGUCUACACCCUCAACGGCUACCCCUACAUGAUCCAUCACGGUGACUGGUUCUGUGGGAAGGCCGUGGGGCUGCUGGUGCUCCAUAUCAAUGGACUGGUGCUCAAUGCCUAUGUGACCCAUCUCCAUGCAGAGUACAGUCGAGAGAAGGACAUCUACCUAGCACAUCGUGUGGCUCAAGCUUGGGAACUGGCCCAGUUCAUCCAGUGUAGGGCACAAUUCCUUCCUCACCAACCUGGCUCCCCCAGUCACACAUCCAAGAAGGCAGAUGUGGUUCUAUUGUGUGGGGACCUCAACAUGCAUCCAAAAGACUUGGGCUGCUGCCUGCUGAAGGAAUGGACGGGGCUGCAUGAUGCCUACCUUGAGACUCAGGACUAUAAGGGCUCUGAAGAAGGCUGUACUAUGGUGCCCAAGAACUGUUAUGUCAGCCAGCAGGACCUAGGCCCAUUUCCCUGUGGCAUCCGUAUUGACUACGUGCUCUACAAGGUGGUUUCUGGGUUCUGCAUCUCCUGUAAGACUCUCCAAACCACUACAGGCCAUGACCCUCACAGUAGCACUCCACUUUCUGAUCAUGAGGCCCUCAUGGCUACUCUAUAUGUGAGGCACAGCCCCCCUCAGCAAAACCCCACCCCUACCCAAGGACCAGCAGAGAGGUUGCCAUUGAUCAACCUGCUGAAGGAGGCCUGGACAGAGUUGGGGAUUGGCAUAGCUCAAGCUCGCUGGUGGGCCACAUUUGCUGGCUAUGUGAUUGGUCUGGGGCUGCUUGUCCUGACGUUGCUGAGUGUCCUGGUGGCAGGAGAAGUGACCAGUGAAGUGGCUGUACUACUCUGGACCCCCAGUGUAGGACUGAUAUUAGGGGCUGGCGCAGUCUACCUCUUCCACAUGCAGGAGGCCAAAGGUUUAUGUCGGGCCCAGGCUGAACUCCAGCAUGUGUUGGGAAGAGCAAAGAAGACCCAGGAAUUGGGCUUAGAGUCUCAAGUAGCUGAGCUACUGGGGCAGCAAGCAGAGAACAGAGUUGAACAAUAAAGUGUAGCACUUUA